AUGGCACGACGCCAGUUGAAUAUAAACGAGAAGACAUGGAUUGUCAAACACAUGUAUCGACUUGAAUAUCCAAUUAAUGUGCAACGAUUAUGGUCUAAGGAAAUCAAUAAUAAUCCUCCAGAUCGAAAGACGAUAAGAUCACUUAUGAACAAAUUUGAACAGACUGGUUCGGUACUCAAUAUUGAUUUACCUGGUAGACCAGUAUCAGUUACUACUCAAGCUACAAAAGAUGAAAUUUCAUCGAUUUUAGAAAAGGAACCUCGAACGUCGACUCGUCAAAUGAGUACAGACUUAAAUAUUUCAAGAACUUCGGUUCGACGUAUCUACAAGUCUAUGGGGUUUAAGCCAUAUAUUCCUAGACUGGUUCAUGAGCUUAAUGAAGAUGAUUUUGAUCGACGAAUUGAAUAUUGCGAAACGUUUUUAUCGCUCCUGAAAAACGAACCCAAUCUUAUCCAUCGUGUGAUCUGGUCGGAUGAAGCAGUAUUUAAACUUAACGGGCACAUUAAUCGUCAUAAUUCUGUCUAUUGGGCAACUCAAAAUCCAAAUGUUACCAUUGAGCACACAAUGCAAACAGAAGGGCUUAUUGUAUGGGCUGGAAUUUGGUCUGAGGGCGUGAUCGGACCUUACUUCUUCGACGACACGGUGACUGGUCAAAGUUAUAUCAAAAUGUUGAAUGAUUACUUCUAUCCAUUAUUUCAUGAUUUACCAGAUAACGUAUCAUUUUUUUUCAUGCACGAUGGCGCGCCAGCACAUUAUGCAUCUAAUGUUCGAGACUGGUUAGACGAAAAUUUUCCAGGCAGAUGGAUUGGUCGUCGUGGUGCGCUUGAUUGGCCCGCUCGAUCGCCUGAUCUCACUCCUGCUGACUAUUUUUUGUGGGGUUAUCUGAAAGACAUUGUUUACCAAAACAAGCGUCGAACUUUAUCCAGUCUCAAACAAUCAAUUAUCUCAGCUUUUUCUACAAUAGAUUCUGAUCUGUGCAAGAAAGUUUGUGAUUCGGUGCCAGAAAGACUUCAAAAGUGCAUCGAUGUUAAUGGACAUCAAUUUGAACAUUUGAAUUAA